CUUACUCGAGAGCCUCUAGACCAACCCAUGCUCCGUCCAAGCAUCAGAAUUCGCCUAAAUUCUCUCUCUGUGUCUUACAAAGUCACUUCAUUUCUCACACGGGGGCCUGUAAUGGCGAGCAAAAUGUCGACAGCCUCUCCACGGGACGCCGCAGUCUCGUCGGUUGAGCCAAUGAACACAGAUGACGCUAAAUGGAUCACCUUGAAGAAAAUUACAUACACCGAUCCCACGGGAAAGCAAAGACUGUGGGAGUCAGCGGAAAGACAAACCAGAGCCAAACACAGUCAAAUCGAUGCUGUUGGGGUCGUAGCAGUCCUUAACGACCCCAAAUCCUCCCAUGGCCCCGGCCUACUGCUUCAGAAGCAAUUCCGGCCUGCGGUGAACGCAGUUGCGAUUGAAGUACCAUCUGGGCUCAUCGACGAAGGUGAGGACCCAUCAACAACUGCAAUCCGCGAGCUCAAAGAAGAGACGGGCUACAUUGGGACGAUCCCUGGCGAUGCAAAGGCGGCGGAGGGAUUCGUGAUGUGGAACGACCCAGGGUUUUGUAACACAAACACCAAGAUGGUCUUUAUCGAGGUGGACAUGUCCGAUCCUCGGAAUCAAAAAGAGAACCUCAAGCCUGAAAUGGAAGAGGGAGAGUUCAUUGAGAGCUUCACUUUGCCCUUGAACAAUCUCUGGAACGAGCUGGCCAAACUAGAACAGGAGGGAUACGCGAUUGAUGCUCGUGUAGGAACGUUGGCCCAAGGAAUGGAGAUGGCCAAGAAGUUCAAGGCGAUUCUGGACAAGACACCCUCGUGAGCCUUCGAUUCGAGACAUAAUGUCUUGUCAGUCCGCACUUGAUACAUCAUUAGAUCACAGACAUGAUCAUACUCAUAUCCAUAUCCACUCCAUACCAUACUCAGCUCAUGAGGCCCUCAAUUUGGAGAUGAUGACACUAAACCAAAUACGGCCAAGGUACACACCGCAUUAGUCCUAUUUUGGUAAUAUUCUAGUGGAAAUGCCAUCUGUCUCUACGGAGUAUGAC